GGCGCGUCGUACGGUCCAUAGCCUUAUUAGCAUAGCCGAGCAUACGCCACGAAACACAUGCUGGGGCAACGAACUGUGAGGACACUCCAGACAGACCGAACAAUACCGACAACUUAAAGGAUACAAUAAUGCCGAGCCGUCCACCCCGCGACUAGGCUGGGCGGCUAGCUGUGCAUCUCUGAGAGACGCCGAGGUAUCAUACAAUUUCCACGUUUAGAUUUGAGCCUGUCUCCCUCUCUGUUGUGUUUAUUUGGACAUGUCCUCGCUAAAUAUAGACGACGAGGACCAGAGAUGGGUUCCUACACACGUCCAGGUCACCGUUCUGCGGGGCAGGGGCUUGCGGGCAAAGGGCAAACACGGUACCAGCGACGUCUACACCAUAAUCCAGGUGGGCAAGGAGAAAUACUCCACUUGUGUUCUGGAAAAGACCACUGGUCCCGAAUGGAAGGAGGAAUGUUCUUUCGAGUUGUUACCGGGUGUUCUGGAGCAGGUUGUGGACGGGGGCGCCUACCCUCCCGGGAGCAGCGACUUGGUCCUGACGGUGAUGCACCGGGCGCUCAUAGGACUGGACGUGUUUCUGGGCCAAGCUGUCAUCCCCCUGGAUAAGGUGUUUCAGGACAGAAUAUGCAUGAAAAACGAGUGGUACAAGUUGAACUCCAAGACUGGGAAGAAGGAGAAGGAGCGAGGGGACAUCCAGGUGACGGUGCAGUUCACCAAGAACAAUCUGACAGCCAGCAUGUACGACCUCUCCCUGGGUAAGGACAAGCCCCGGUCCACCUUCGGCAAGAUCAAGGACCGCAUCAAGGGCAAGAAGAGGAGCAGCAAGGACUCUGAUGAAGACUCUGCCUCCACUAUUGUGAGCGGCUACGGCCCCGUUUCCCGCAUGAGGAACCGGUUGCCGAGCGAUGGCGGCGGGGAGGAAGACUAUGAGGACGACGAAGGAGGGGAGGGGCGGAGGAGUAAGAUGAGGAACUUCUUCCUGCGAGGGAAACUGAGYAAGUCGUCUGAUACGAGGUCGAGCACGUCGCUAGGGUCGGAGAGUAGUGAGUCYUCGUCGAGGGGAGGGAGUCUCAGUCCCACCGCUGGGAUCUCUGUAGUGGUGUCUGACCUGUCUAACUCGCCUAGCAACAGCAGCAACUUCACAGCGGACAGCCCUGAGCAUACGGCAGAGUCGUCUCCCAAGCUGGCCUCCUAUACAUGUGAGUUCACUGACGAGUCUGGAGAGAUCAACAUCCCUGUGCCUCAGCCUGUCUGCAUCAAUGGAAGCCAUGUGUACAACACCACCUUGGACCCUUGCCCGGGGAACCCCGUAAUACCUUUAGAUUCUCUAGCCCUGGUGAAGAAGAACCUGCCUCUGUCCCAAUCCCUCCAGAACCUCAACCAGCAGAGAGAGGAGCUCCCUGUCCUCCUCCCUAAAGGUCCCGCUGCGGACGGCCGGCGCUGGUCCUUUGACAAGGCAGGGAAGGAGGAGAAGGUGGCCAUCGCAGCGGCCCUGGAGCAGGCUGGUCAGGGAAUGGGCGAGGGGGCCAGGGAGGAGUCAGACAGAGACAGCCAGGGGAGGAAACGGAGCAGGAACUGUCUGGAUGAGUCUGAACAGGCCUCUGACUCUGGCCCAGGCGAGAAACACAAAGGAUGGUUUGGAUCAAAGGACAACCAUAGCAAACCCAGGUGAGAAAGAAUGACCACGACUGGGUGUUAACAGGUUAGAACACAGGGUGACGUAGCCAGCUCAGAAAGACGAGUGACCUCCACUGACUAUAUUAUAGUUGACAACUGGUUUGUCCCAAAGAUGUCCACACAACCCAGGAUAACUUUGUGUCAUGUUGCUAGAAAACCAAGAAAAGGAUUUGAAUCAUAUGAUGUGUGAGGGAUGGUUAGCCUUAUUAGACCAUUGCCAGCUGGUUGAAGGGCCAGAGGUUUCUACACUGGUUGGAGUUAGUUACCAUGUUUCCAUCCACAGUCUUAAUGGUAGUAGUCAUACCAUAUAAAAAAUAAAUCAUGACCGGAAACAGGAAGUUUUUUMGUACAGUUUUAUAAAUGCAGACGGAUCAAAAUUAAUUAUGCGAGAAAUGGCGGUGGAAAUGCCUUUAUGCACAAAUAUUGAAGUCAACUUGGGAGGUACGUAAAGUUUCAGCAUGAUAAUACAUGGCCAUGUCACAAGGAUCUGGACA